AGUCUGCCAGGAGAGCAACUCAAUGGGAAGGAGGUUUAUCCAGACCAGAUUAAAGGCAGAGAGUUUCCAGAAGAGAAUAAUGGAGAAGAAUUCACCAGGAUACAAGAUCAUGGAGAUGCUUCCACUCCUUCAGAGGCUGAAGACACUGAGAAGGAUGAAGAGGACAGUGAUGUAGAGCACCCUCAGUCUGAGCUGAAGCACUUGUCAGACUCUGGGUAUAAGAAAUGUUCUAUAACGAAGAAAAAUGUGGACUCACGAAGGAAAGUCCAACCAGGAGUGAAGCUUAGCUGUGAAGACUGUGCCAAAACAUUUAUUAGAAAAUCAACUUUAAACAGACACAUGAGAAUCCACACAGGAGAGAAGCCUUUCUGCUGUGAUCUAUGUGGACAACGAUUUAGGCAAAAAUAUAAUUUAAACACACACAUGAGAAUCCACACAGGACAGAAGCCUUUCUGUUGUGAUCUAUGUGGACAAAGAUUUAGCUACAAAUCAACUUUAAACACACACAUGAGAAUCCAUACAGGACAGAAGCCUUUCUGCUGUGAUCUAUGUGGACAACGAUUUAGGCAAAAAUCACAUUUAAACGCACACAUGAGAAUCCACACAGGACAGAAGCCUUUUUGUUGUGAUCUAUGCGGACAAAGAUUUAUUGAUAAAUCAGGUUUCAACACACACAUGAGAAUCCACACAGGGCAGAAGCCUUUCUGUUGUGAUCUAUGUGGACAAAGAUUUAGCAAAAAAUCAACUCUGAACACACACAUAAUAAUCCACACACGACCGAAGCCUUUCUGUUGUGAUCUAUGUGGACAAAGAUUUAUUGAUAAAUCAGCUUUAAACACACACAUGAGAAUCCAUACAGGAGAGAAGCCUUUCUGCUGUGAUCUAUGUGAACAAAGUUUUAGGCACAAAUCAGCUUUAAACACACACAUGAGAAUCCACACAGGACAGAAGCCUUUCUGUUGUGAUCUAUGUGGACAAAGUUUUAGCCAAAACUCAGCUUUAAAGACACACAUGAGAAUCCACACAGGACAAAAGCCUUUCUGUUGUGAUCUAUGUGGACAAAGAUUUAGCCACAAAUCAGCUUUAAAGACACACAUGAGAAUCCACACAGGACAGAAGCCUUUCUGCUGUGAUCUAUGUGGACAACGAUUUAGGCAAAAAUGUAAUUUAAACGCACACAUGAGAAUCCACACAGGACAGAAGCCUUUCUGUUGUAAUCUAUGUGGACAAAGAUUUAGCCGAAAAUCACAUUUAGACGCACACAUGAGAAUCCACACAGGACAGAAGCCUUUCUGUUGCGAUCUGUGUGGAAAAAGAUUUAUCCAUAAAUCACAUUUUAACACACACAUGAGAAUCCACACCGGACAGAAGCCUUUCUGUUGCGAUCUGUGUGGAAAAAGAUUUAGCAACAAAUCUAAUUUAAACAGA